UCACAUUAAGAUAUUCGAUUUAACUACAUUAGAUAUGAUGCAAGCUAUAAAAUUACCUUUUGUUCCAAACACAGUUACUUCUCAUUGCAAUCUGUGGUUUACAAUUGAUGGUGUUGAUACGAUUUUAAUUAGUGACCAAGAUACAAAUAAUGUGUUUUGGAUUGUUUCUGAAGAAGAAGUCCAAGAGCAGACAUUAGUAGCCAAAGAAAGUCCUCAUAAACGUCCUAUUAGAAGCAUUGUAUAUAGUUACAAGUAUGAAUGUUUUAUAUCUUGUGAUGAAAAAGGAUUAGUUGAGUAUUGGCAUCCAAAACUGUUACAAUUACCUCUCGGGCUCGAAUUUAAAAUUAAAUCACAAACAGACAUGUUCAAAUUAAUAAAGACCAAAACAAUCCCAAAUAAUAUACUAAUAAGUCAGAAUAGUGAAUAUUUCAUCGUACAAUCUGACAAAAUGAUCCAUAGAUUUUGCUUCAAAACAGGAAAAAUUGUUCAAACCAUACAAGAAGAACACAUAUCAAGUGCUUACCUUGACGGAAACAGCAUUCUCUACUCAACGAAAGAAGAAAUAUUAGCAUAUGAUUUCAUUCAACAACAGGAAAUAGCAAAUUAUGGAACAAAUGACAAUGUAAAAUAUAAUUUUGUUGCAUUGGCCAGUGAAACUCAAACAACUCCAAUUUCAAGUGAGAUGAUCACCUCAAAGAAUUCACUAGUUAAUUCAAAAUUGAAUAAGCAACAAUUACUUGUAGCGACCACUGCUAAUAAAUUAAUGGUAUUUGAUUCGGAAGACAAACCUCAUGGCAACGCUGGUAAAACUAAACAACCAAAGGUAACGUUACAUACAACAUUCGGAGAUAUUAAGCUUGAAUUAUUUGAUAAACUUGCACCAAAAACAGCUGAAAAUUUUAUCACGUUAUGUAAGAGAAAAUAUUAUAAUAAUGUAAUAUUUCACCGAGUUAUUAAAUCAUUCAUGAUUCAAACAGGUGAUCCAAAAGGUGAUGGAACAGGAGGAGAAUCAUGUUGGGGAGGUCAUUUCCCUGAUGAGUUUAAUAACCAACUAAACCAUAAACAACCAUUCAUGGUGAGUAUGGCAAAUGCAGGGCCAAAUACUAAUGGAUCUCAAUUUUUCAUUACCACUGACGAAGCGUCAUUCUUAGAUAAUAAACAUACUGUAUUUGGCAAAGUUAUACUGGGAAUUGAUACGGUUAAACAAAUUGAAGAUGCUGAAACGGAUGAAAACGACAAGCCAAUAGAGCAGAUUGCAAUUAUUUCAACAACAUUAGAAAUAUAGUUAAUAUCCUGUAUUAAAUACUUACUCUUCUUCGCUACUACUUAAAUCAUCGUCUUUUCCACCACCUACCAAAUCACGCAAACUCAUUGGUUUGAUUCCUGAUUUUCUAUUAGAAAACACGUCAUUCAAUUUGUUUGUUGAAGAAGCCCCCUCAUCUAUUUUUAUGCCUGUAAAGUGGAAAUCAUCAACAUCGCUUUCAUCAGAAUCAACAUCGAUUGGAGGUUCCAGUUGAGGUUCCUCUUGUUCAAGAACUUCUUGAAGUUGAUCUUCUAAAUCUUUGAAAUCAUCAUCUAAAUCUAUACUCUUGUCUGGCUCUACCUUAGUUGCUUCUGACUUAUUUGGUUCAGGUGGUUUCUUUACGUCUUUCUUAAUAGCCCUUUUAGGAGCAGGCUGUUUCUUUUGUACAACUGGUUGGACUGUUGGAGCGGGUGGUGCAGGUGGUUUAACUGGUUGUUUUUCCUGGGCAGGUUGUGUAUCUUCUAUAGUAAUUACUGGAAAUCCGUCACCAUCACUCUCAUCUAAAUCAUCAAAGUCAGAUUCACUGAUUAUAGGUUCGUCAUUAUCAUGGUCUAGUUUUCUAUUAGGUGUAGUGGAAGCAGAUGGUGGACGUUUAGAUGCAGUUCUAGGAGUUAAUGGUUUUGGAGGAAGAACAUUUCCCUUUUUGGGACUAGUUGCUUUUCUAGGACUUGUCUUUGGAGGAGAAUUCUCUCGUAAACUAGCUUGCUUCUCCCAUUGGCUAAUCUUUGUACUUAAUUUGCUAACAUUUCUUGAUUUGUUAAAUCGAAUUGUUGUUCCUAAUUUCUUCAACUCAACAGCGUUGGGCCUUUCAGGAAUAUAACUUAAAUAGUAUGAAUCAUUAGCUGUACCACUCUUAUGUCUCUGAGGUACACCUUCAAACAAUAUCGGUUUGUUAUCACCAUCAGUUGUUUCAAGUAUACAUUCAUCUUUAUUUUGAUAUAAUUUUAUUGGUUUGGUCUGGUCCAUUGAGUCAGGAAUGAACCCAUAUCGUAUGGCCACAUUGUUGUUAUCGUCCGAUAUGGGUGGUAGAUCUAGUAGAGCUGAUAGAUCUAUUUCGUAUUCUCCAUCUGCCAACGACAUUGUGCUUAACAAUAGCUAGAUAUUUAGUGUAUUGUUUGACGGAUCGAAGUAAUAAAGGUUAGUGGAUUAACCAAAAAAGCAGCCAAAAAUAGUAAUGAUUGGUAAUAAAUUUGAUAGUGGAAGUUUGACAAAUUCUUGACUGUGAUCUUACUCGUGGUAGCAAGUUGACUAAUUACACCCUAUUAUGGUCCAGUGGUAGGGUUAAUAUAAAAAGGAAGGAACUAGUGUGACUAGUAUGUGCUAACGAAGAACUCUAGUGGUAGUAGAGAAAGACAGUAGUGUGGUGCGGUGGCAGCGAGGGGAACAGAGGCCCAGAAAUUUUGGUGUGGUGCGAAUCGCCGAACAGUUGCUACAUAAUUUCGCAUUAAUUUUUAUUGUGGAAAUUUACAGAUUGACAACAAAGUAAAAGAGAGCUAUGGAGAAUCAAUUAAACAGUUCGCUUGAUGGAACUUCCUCGUUUCUUUUCAGGAAAAGACUUCUCUGGUUUAUAAUUCCUAGGUUUAAUAAGAAUACUACCAAAUUUUCUUUCUACUUUGUUAUGGCAUUCAGCAAGGAUAAUAUAUGACGUAAUUUAGGAUACUUUUCAAUAUCAUUAUCUUUUGUUUUACAAGCUUUGGCCUCAGCAGUUAUAUCCUGGAAUAAUUUAUCAAGCAUUUCCUCAUAGCUUUUCCAGUGUUCUUCGUCUCUAUUUGGAGGUUUACAAAUACGGUCAAAAUCAAUAAAGUUAUUUGAACGAGAAACAUGCCGAGAUAUGGCGAACUGCUCUAUUGAUUGUUCCUGAUUUGAAAAUGUCUUUUGUAGCGAAUAUGCAACAAGUAUACGACAGCAAUCCCAAAAUAAACAUUGACAACGUAUUGGACGUUAUAAACGGAAGUAUACCAGUUAUUGUUUUGAACUUGGUUCUCAUACUUAAAUGCUUUAACUUCAGCAACAUACUGGAAUAGCCAUUUGGAUUGAUCUACGAGUAAUGGGUUCUGUGAAUUCAGUAUUAGUUCAAAGGAGGUCAUUUCAUUUAAUUUAAAUAAAAUAUCUAAAUCUUGAUAGUUGAGCAAUACUAUGUCGUCGUGUUCUAAAGAUAAAUCUUUCAUACUUAUAUAGUAGUUUAACAAAAAAAGUAAAUACCGAUAGUAUACCCUUAUUUAUUUGUCUAGUUGUAAAUGAGUUAAAUGCUUU